UUAUAGGAAUAGGAGUAGUCAAAUUUCUUUUUUAUUAGUGUUUGAAUAUUCCUAUGGGUGCAGGAAACUCACCAUGUGCUUCAUGUAAGCUGCUGCGACGCCGUUGCGCCAAGGAUUGCAUAUUUUCUCCUUACUUCCCUUGUGAUGAUCCUCACAAAUUUGCCAUUGUUCAUAAGGUCUUUGGCGCAAGCAACAUCAGCAAAAUGUUACAGGAGGUUCCGGUGAAUGAAAGAGCAGAUGCUGUGAGCAGUUUAGUGUAUGAAGCAAAUGCAAGAAUGAGAGAUCCUGUAUAUGGGUGUGUGGGUGCAAUAUCCUACUUGCAGAACCAGGUCAUGCAAUUGCAAAUGCAGCUAGCAAUGGCUCAAGCUGAAAUACUUUGCAUCCAAAUGCAGUCUGAGACACCACAAGUAGAAGCAGCAACAGUUUUGCCCAUUACACCAGAUAAUCAAUUAGUAGAAAAUGAUCAUGACAUUGACAAGUCCUUUUUUUUAUCAGAUCAGUACCUCAACUUUGACUCUACCUCCCAUAAAUCUUGUAAUUCUCAAGAUGGACUCUUUCUUUGGAGAUAAUCAAAACAAAAUCUCACUUUUA